UCUCCUGCUGCCACCCGCCACAGGAAUAUUGAACUUGAGAUUCGGAUGCGCUUGGAAGGCGUGGUUUUAUCUCACUGACACGCGUCGAAGAUUCUUUCAUUGAUAACCCGUCGAGAGCACCAGCUAGUGCACGAGCAGCGCAUCAAUAGCGCACUGAUCAAACGCAAAAUGAUAUGAAACGGACGCGCACGCACCAGGGAAGCCUUGGAGGGGACAAUAUCAGGCUUUCAGGAGGGAGCCAAAUAUUUUGACUUUGGAUUUUCAUCACAAAAAGGGAUUCAGCAUGGAAAAUGUACCAAACCCCAAAAGGACUGUCACUGUCCAGAUGAUGCCGCAGCUCUCUAAUAUAGAUGUGCUGGGAAAUAAAGAGUUAAACGCUAACUGGGACAUUGAGCCAAAGUUAACCUUAAAUCUGGAUUGUUCCUCUGGCCGAAAAACUAAACCAGAUCAGGAUAAUAUGCACCUCAAGUCCUCCCUCAAAGAUUCCCACACCACUCUUCUUGGAGGAACUGUCCUUGAAGACAAAAACAUGUCAUCCCGUGACAGCGAAGAUCACAAGCAACCUCAAAACAGUCACACAAACAUGAAGACGACAGGUCAGAGUGCCAGGAACGCAGAAGGAAGAAAAACUGAACGUGACACGAAUUCGAAUCUGAAGACUGUCCUUUCAACAUCUAGCCCAUCGUCUACAGCUACACAUAGCAAGGAGAAAAAUGGCAAUAGCACAACAAAGACACUUGAAAACGAACUACAUGAGCCCAAAGCACAGUGCAAAGCAUCAGCAGUUGAAGAAACUAAUGCAAUCAAAGGGACACUUCACAAUCAAAUAUCACACGGGGCUCUGGCUUCCCUUCAGAAGGAUUCAACUCCCAGCGCCAACAACACAAUCAAAGAUAUGCCACUUUUAUCCCAAACAAAAGAUGCAGAUUACACCACCAGCAGUACCCCGUCUGAACUGGUUUCCACCACCAGUGCUCCUAAAACCAAUCACUCUCAAGUUGCAACAACCGAAACAUCUCUUCCAGCACCUGGGACGAGUAUUAAGACCCCACAACUACACGAGACCCAUCAUCCAACACCCACUAAAGAGGACAAAUGUAGCAAUGAUUUCAAGGAUUUUAAACCAACAGGAACCUCUCAAGAUAUUUCUUCUGGACAUCCAAUGGAGACUUCAACUAGCAAUGCAAGUCACAUGGAAGUGAUCGAUGAAGAGGUCCAAACACAAGGAGCUUCUCCUGAAGAGCAGAAGCCGAUCCACUGCAAACUCUAUCGAGAGGCAUCUACCAUGACUUCAGCCAUUGAGUUAGGCAACCGACCCAGCAUGCAACGGCAUGACGCAGAGGUGCAGGCGGUGGCUACAGUCUGCAGUCAAUCUACAGCCACUAGCCCUAGUCUUCUAUCUCUACAACCCCAUCGGAGAUCAGUUGGCCUGCUACCUGAGGAGACCGACAGUAUAGCAGUGGUCGUUGAGGUGAAAACCACCUCAGAGAAUUAUUGCAACACACCAUCUGUUGUUUCAUCCAGUACAAAGCCUCCACAGUCUGGCACAGUGAUGGUGCAUGUAGAUGCUGACCUUCAGGAAGAGUCCAAGCUUGGGGCCAAGCCUAAAGAGCCUCUACACAGCAGCCAAAGAGGAUUUUCGCCGCUUCAACCGGUUUAUCAGAUCAAUGUCGAGACGUGCAGCCAAACCAAGCAAUCAAACGAGACUACGAGCCAAGGUUCACCUGCAUCUGGUCCUCAUAAUGUGGCCUGUCUGCAGGAACCCAUCGCUGCAUCUAAUCAGGCCUGCAAAGAUCUGCAAGAAAAAUCGGCCAAGCCUCCUGCGUCUAAAUCCGAGAUGCCUAAGGAGGCAGGAUCUGCAAAACCUCCAAAGGACAUCACAAUGGCUACUCCUCCAACAUCAAGCUCCACACCACAGAGCAAAAAGACAGACCGGCAACAGCAGGGAGCAUCUAAGCUGGACCCUGAGAAAGACGACCAAGAGGCCAAGCAGCCGAAGAACAGCGUGCAUGAUGUCGUGUGGGACGAGCAGGGUAUGACUUGGGAGGUAUAUGGAGCAUCGGUAGAUCCCGAGUCACUGGGUUUUGCCAUUCAAAGUCACCUGCAGUGUAAAAUCAAGGAGCACGAGAAGAUAAUCGCCCGGACGGUUCUCAGAAAAUCCUUGUCUUCGCCUCCCGGCAAGAAAAACAAGAGAAGGCAGGUUAACAUCAACUUCAGGUCUAUGUUUCAAAAUGUUCGCCGACCCAAUUGUUGCGCGCGCCCGUCAGUGCUAGAAUGAAAGACAUUUGGUUGUCAUUGCCGAAAUCUUCCAUGAGACUGAGCAAAGCAUGUUGGGAGAUUUCUCUCAUUUGAUUUUUGAGGAGUUUGUUAAAUAUAGAAACUAAUGGUGAUUUGAGUGUUAUGUGGAGAACCGUAAUCUUAAAGAAAAUAUUUUUAGAAAAGGAUGAAAAUAUUUAUGGUGGUAGCAAAGCUAUAAUGAUGUUUAGAGUGCAAUGGCAAUAAUUAUAAUUAAUUUAAUAACGGUAAUGAUAAUGUGUAGUAAUCUGCAUGUGUAUUAGUUCACAAUGGCAGUCUUCUAACUACCCAAGAUUAUGCACUGUACUGAUGAGCAGAUGUAUGCAUAUAACCUUUUUAACUUACUUUGUUUAGCUGACUAUCUUUGUAAACUUUCCAAGUAAUAGAUAUUACUUUUGCAUAAUUUGAUUUGUAACAUAAUGUUGAUUUAUUGUGAAUGUUUCAACUUUUUUAUUUAAUUUAGAAAAAUAGGCAAGAGUUUCCCGAUGCUUGUUGCCAUAAUUGAUGUAAACCGAGCCAAUUUCUGUUCAAGAGUCCAACAUUGAUGUAACCGUGAUUUUAUAUUAAAAUAAGAAGAAAAAAGAGCAGUUACUGUGUUUUCAGCAAUCAGUGCGGUUAGCUAGCAUUUCACAGCAGUGUCUUAUUCCAUCAAAAUUAACAUACUGUAUAUCAUAUCGCUCACAUUAAUGUGGAAAUAAUGAUGCUAAUUAGACACUUAAAGAUACAUCAGGGAUUAU